GAGCUGUUUUCGUGGGGAGGAUGUGUUGCAAUCCGGGGAGAGUCCCACCCUGCUUCAUGCACUGUGUGUUAUAAGAGCCCAUAAGCAGGAAGAGAAAGUGGGACUCUGGAGAGAACAUGGACACCUCAGUGGACCGGGUCUCGUACACCCAAAGUAACCCUCUGUUUGACAUGUCGCUCAGCAGGACAGAUCUCUAUAGUUUCCAGCCUGGCGAUCUGAAGCCUGCGAGGCCCCGAAGACAGUGGUGUUUUUACGUGAUUGUUAUCUACCUCAUCCUGCAGACCGCCCUCAACGCCUUCCUCGUUUAUAAAGUCUUCACGUUGGAGUCUUCGCUGUACAAACCCCGGUUGGAGAAGCAGACGUCCAAUCACAUUCCGGAUGGGGAUCAGGGCGAUGCAAGCCUCCAAACUCUCGUCCACAACAACACCCAAGAAGCCAAGACCCUGAGGGGCGACCUGUGGGCCCUGCAGAGCCAGGUCAAGAGCCUUUGUGGAGAGGAGGGUCAGCUGGACCAGCUGAGGUCUGACCUGAGCCUGCUCAACACCAGCACCGUCAACCUGGAGGGCAAACUGUCGACCGUCAGCCUCAAACCAGGACUUCCUGGUCCUCCGGGUAGAGAUGGACGUCCAGGAGAAAAAGGUGACGCCGGUGUCGCUGGACCUCCAGGGGAGAAAGGUGAUGCUGGACUCAAGGGAGAGCCAGGAAAUGCCGGUCCCAGCGGUCCACCUGGGCCUCGAGGAGAACCUGGGAAUCAAGGACCAGGUGCGAAGGGAGAGAGAGGAGAUCCCGGAGCCCAAGGCCCUCCUGGAGAGAAAGGUGACUCUGGGAUCCCCGGCAAUACAGGACCUCCUGGAAUUCCCGGGUCUGCAGGACAAAAAGGAGACCCUGGAAGUUCUGGUCCACCGGGACCUCCAGGUGUACCUGGACCUCCUGGUUUCAAUGGAACUCAAGGUCUUCCAGGACCACAGGGACCUAAAGGAGACAGCGCCGACCGAGAGUUGAGCGUGCGCGCUUCGUGGGGGGACGCAGGACCCGCGGUGCGAGUGGAUUUUGAAGUACAACGGGUCUGGAACCAAGUGGCUUUCAGCAAGCGCUACACUGGCCUCCCCGUGGUCAGAGACGUCGCGCCGCCACCGUUCACAGCAGUGGUUCUCUUCAACGGAUCUGACGCAUAA